AUGAACCAUGAAUAUGACGAGCACGACACGUACGGAGACCACGGCGAGGAACAUGAAGACCAAUACAAUCAGCAUGAAGAACACGGCGGGCAGAAUGAUGACCUUGAGAAGGACAUCACAGGCCACGCCCAUGAUGCCGAAAGCGCCUUAUUCAACAUGAUUGAGGAUUAUAAUGUCGAGAAGCUCCAAGACCCGGAUGUCUGGGGAGUUGUCGAAGGGUUCAUGAAUCGAAUUGUCAAACUCCUUUCUUACCUUGAAGACGUUCACGAGGAAAAUCGACCAGAGCACAACGAGGAGGAUCAGGACGAAGAACAAGAUCAAGGUCAACGUGAAGAUCAAGACGAGGAUCAAGAUGAACAUAACCACGAUGCAUCGGGACUAGAUGGCCUGCAAGAUCAAAUGGCAGAGAACGACGAGAAUGCAGAAUACGAUCAUGAUCAAGACCACGAUCAAGGCCACGACCACAAUCAACAUGGAGGACAAAACCAUGACCAGCAAGACGAUGAUGAUGGCCAAUGGGACCAUAAUGACGAUGCACAGAAUGAUGGACACGAUCGUUAUGGUAAUGGGUGCUAUGACCACAACAACCAGUACUAG